CAUCAGGUCGCCGGCUGCCGAGUGAGCUCAAAAACAUGGAAAACACAGCUUGAUGAAAGUGACAAAACUUCAGUUGUUUUCUGGGAGAAUAAACGUAUUUUCAGUCACUAGACUUGUUACAAUCCGUAGGUUAUCUAUAUUUUCAAUAUCAAAAGGAGUUAAAAUGACCGAACUUGAGCGAAAGAGUAAUGUCAAGCUAAAUGUUUUGCUAGACAUAGAGAAAUCUGUCCAAAAGCAAUGGUAUGACAACAACAUCUUUGAAGUUGAUGCACUUAAAGCUAAUGAAGGCACAACCAGUGAAAAGUAUAUGGUUUCAUUUCCAUACCCUUACAUGAAUGGAAAGUUGCAUCUUGGUCAUACGUUUACGAUAUCAAAAUGUGAGUUUGCAGUUGGUUAUGAAAGAUUAAAAGGAAAAAGAUGUCUCUUCCCCUUUGGCUUUCACUGCACUGGGAUGCCUAUCAAGGCUUGUGCUGAUAAACUAAAAAGGGAAAUGGCAGACUUUGGCUGUCCACCAAAAUUCCCAGUGAAUUCAGGAGCAAAGGAAACAGCGAAUAUGAAAAGUAAAGUGGCUGCUAAAACAGGAGGAUUAACAUAUCAGUGGCAAAUUAUGCAAGCUUUGGGUAUCCCUGAUGAUGAUAUUAAAAGUUUUGCAACCACAGAUCAUUGGUUAGAAUAUUUUCCACCUCUUGCAAUGGAAGAUCUUAAAGGCAUGGGAUUAAAGGUUGACUGGAGACGCUCAUUCAUAACCACAGAUGCAAACCCUUACUAUGAUUCCUUUGCAAGGUGGCAUUUCACUAAGCUAAAGGAUGCUGGUAAAGUGAAAUUUGGAAAAAGAUAUACCAUUUAUUCUGCUGCUGAUGGUCAACCAUGCAUGGAUCACGAUAGGUUGUCUGGCGAGGGUGUUGCACCACAAGAAUACACACUAAUUAAAAUGAAAGUAGCUGAACCACUACCAGAGAAAUUGAGUUCACUGGCUGGCAAGAGUAUCUUCUUAGUGGCAGCAACAUUAAGACCUGAAACAAUGUAUGGACAAACAAAUUGUUGGAUUCAUCCUGAUAUCAAUUACAUAGCGUUUCCAUCUUCAACAGAAAAUGAGAUUCUUAUCAGUACAAAAAGGGCUGCAAAGAAUAUGGCAUACCAGGGUAUAACGAAAGAAGACAACAAAGUUGAUGUUAUAUUAGAGUUAGUUGGACAAGAUAUAAUGGGAAUUAGUCUAAAUGCUCCACUCACUCAACACAGAGUUAUUUAUACACUUCCAAUGUUGACUAUCAAGGAAGACAAAGGUACUGGUGUGGUUACGUCAGUUCCUUCUGAUGCUCCAGAUGAUUUUGCUGCGCUGCGAGAUUUAAAGAAGAAAGAGCCAUUCAGAAAAAAAUAUGGCAUCGCAGAUGAAAUGGUUUUGCCAUACGAACCAAUCCCUAUUAUAGAGGUUCCCGAACUUGGUAAUCUUGCUGCCAUCAAAACAUGUGAAAUGUUUAAAGUAAACAGCCAGAAUGAUAAGACUCAGCUUGCUGAUGCUAAAGAAUUGACAUACAAAAAAGGUUUUUAUGAUGGUGUAAUGCUUGUUGAGGAGUUUAAGGGCCAGAAAGUUCAAGAUGUUAAGAAGAUUGUGCAAACGAAAAUGGUUAAGGAGGGCAAUGCAUUAAUUUAUAUGGAACCAGAAAAAAAAGUGGUUUCAAGAUCAGGUGAUGAAUGUAUCGUAGCACUGUGUGAUCAAUGGUAUUUAGACUAUGGCGAAGAAGACUGGAAAAACAAAACAAAAGGAUUAUUAAGUCAACUUGAAACAUAUGCUGAUGAGACCAGACAUAAUUUUUCAGCUACACUUGAUUGGUUGCAAGAACAUGCUUGCUCUCGCUCAUAUGGUCUAGGAAGCAAGAUACCAUGGGAUGAGCAGUAUCUUAUUGAAUCUCUAUCGGAUUCGACUAUUUAUAUGUCAUACUAUACAAUUGCUCAUAUUUUACAAGGCAAUGUAGAUGGUUCACAACCCGGUUCUGGAAACAUUAAACCUGAAGAGCUGAUCAAAGAAGUGUGGGAUUACAUCUUUUUUAAAGAUGCAAACCCUCCAACAAAUUCCAGCAUUGAUCAAUCUGUAUUAAGUAAAUUAAAGGAAGAAUUUGAAUAUUGGUAUCCUUUGGAUUUAAGAACAUCAGGGAAAGAUUUGAUACCAAAUCAUCUGACCUACUUUUUGUACAACCAUGUAGCAGUGUGGCCAAACCAACCAAAUAAAUGGCCAAAAAGUGUAAGAGCUAAUGGACAUUUGCUGUUAAAUGCAGAAAAAAUGUCAAAGUCAACUGGAAAUUUCUUGACAUUGAAGAACGCGUUAGAGAAGUUUUCUGCAGAUGGUAUGAGGUUGGCACUUGCUGAUGCCGGUGAUACUAUUGAUGAUGCCAACUUCGUAGAAAAAACAGCUGACUCUGCAAUUUUAAGGUUGUAUACCUUAGUGGAAUGGGUGAAAGAGAUGCAGGAAACUAGGAGUACUCUACGAUCUGGUGAAACAAACUCUUUCAAUGAUAAAGUUUUUAUGUCUGAGAUGAAUGUAUUAAUCAAAAAAACUGAAGAGGCUUAUGACAAGAUGCUGUAUCGAGAGGCGCUAAAGACGGGUUUCUUUGAGUUCCAAGCAGCUCGUGAUAAGUAUAGAGAUGUUUCAUUGGAUGGCAUGCAUGUAGAUUUGGUGUCCAAAUACAUAGAGAUUCAAGCCUUAUUGCUUGCUCCAAUAUGCCCUCAUAUUUGCGAACAUAUUUGGCAACUGAUUGGGAAGAAUGAAAGUAUUAUGUUGGCAAAAUGGCCGAUUGCAGGUGACAUUGAUUACAAUUUGCUAACAAGUAGUCAAUAUCUGAUGGAUUGUGCUCGAGAUUUUCGGUUGCGAUUGAAAAAUAUGAUAGCCUCUCAAUCAAAAGGAAAAAAGAAAGCGAAUACAACUGAGCCACCAAAGAAACCUACCCAGGGUGUGGUAUAUGUGGCUAAAGAGUACCCCCCAUGGCAGAAGAAUGUUCUCGUUACAUUGCGCAAAAUGUACGAUGAAAACAAUUCAACCUUUCCAGAAAAUAAAGCAAUUAUGGCAGCAUUAAAAUCUGACGAUAGUGUGAAAAAAUACAUGAAGAAACUCAUGCCCUUUGUGGCUUACAUCAAGGAACGUGUGAGCAAAGAAGGCGCUGGCGCUAUGGAUUUACGGGUAUCGUUCGACGAAGCUAGUGUUCUGAUGGACAAUCUAGCAUAUUUAGUGAAGACGAUAGAAUUGGAAAAGAUCGAAGUGAAAUCAUCAUCGGACGCAGAGGCGAAAAUACAAGAAGAGUGUGCACCAGGGAAACCGUACUCCGUGUUUUCUGCAUAGAUAGCUUUAUAAUUAUAUAUAAGGUGUUUUUUAUAAAUCUCGCGAAAAAAUUGGUGUCGGGUAGUCAGUUUCGCUGGAAUCGCGUUAAAAGUAGGGUUGUUUUUUUGCAAUUUUUUGCGAUUCUCCUUUAUCUGUCCUGUAAUGCACCAGUUUUUAUAAGCUAUAAAUAAUAACAUUAAAGCACGAUGAUAAAAAAACUGAAAUCAAAAUUUACCUUACUUAUUUUUGUGAGAAAUAUAAAUGCAACAAAUUUUAUUUAAAGUAGGAUACUUUUC